UCGGAGUACCGUGAACUCUUUCUGCUUUGCAUACUGAGCUGAAGCCGCCUCGCUCGUAUCAUCCGACUGGAAAGCUCAAACCAUGUAUCGAUUCCUACUUAUGGCUCCCCCCAAAGGGAAAAUUGAAUUCCGACCAAUAACAACGACCAGUUCCGACGGUGACAGCGAUUCGGAAGACGAAACUCCGAUAACUAUGGCAGAACUCACUGCCAAUGAAGAUCGCGACAACAGUAUCAAGCUCUGCAAGAAGUCACUGAAGCACGCACAAGCAGCUGCGGGACUUCACUAUGUAAACCCGGACAUAACAAGAAGACUACCGCUGAAUGGGCUCAGCAAAGACAGUCCGAAUUUGUUCCUUGAGAUCUGCCCUGUUCAAGGGAACAGUUCCAGGGACACCAGCAAGGACAUCUGCAACAUUUAUCUGUGUCAGGACCAGGAAUCCGUCCUUACAGUGCAGUUCAAGAUACACCGAGACCCACAAGGUCACCCCUCGAAGCUUACACUAGAGGCAGUCAAGACUGCAAGAAAGACGGUUUCCGUACCUGAGGACGUCCUUACCCUUCAGUUUUACGAGCAUUAUUGCCUCUGCAUUCACAAGGGCAACAAGUCCACUAAGGUACUGGUGAACUCUAAAGAAGUGGCCCUCAUUGAGGAUCCUUUCAGAGACCAGCCUAAACCCGUUGACCUUGUUGUGACCGAAGGCAUCGCCGUCAAGUCCGUGGACAUCCCAAUGCGCUUCGUGCCUUCCAUCGUUAAAGCCCCGUUCAAAGGCAACAUGGAGGUUGGUGAUAGGAUCAACGUCUUCGGUGAACGGCAGAUGGACUGUGAACAAGAAACAGCGCUACUGACACUUGGUGACCUGGUAGUGCCCUACAAUAAGGACUCCAAGACGGGCCAGACACGCAUCAUCAUACAGCGCUUCCAAAAAUGCCUGGUAGCAUUCGAAAAUGGAAAGGCAGUGGUUACAUGCCGAACACCUGAGAAAUUCAACACGGCAGCCGACCUCAUCAUCAAGACUGUGCUUAAUCCCAAAGGAAUUUGGAUUACACGAAUGAAGGACAGAUGAACCGAAGGUGUGUGGAAGACCUGCUCCUCUUGAUUCUGAACCGUCCCCGGACUCUUUGAUGUCAUUUUUACUUUUCUUUUGCGCCAUCUGCUAGAGCAGCUUUUCUGCUAAAGAAACGCUUAAUAAAAAUAGCUUUGCAUGACA